UUAUCCUCAAGCGAAGCAACAGUCGAUUAGCAGCAGUUUAGUCGUCAACAUCAAUUCCCGUCGUGUGGGUUUCAGUUCGUGAAAGAGAAAGAGAGAGAGAAAGUAUUCAGCUCAAAGAUGGUUCAUAUCAAGGAUAGAAUUCCUUCCAUUUCUGGAUCUGUUAUAAGCACGCAGUAUGACCCUUCGCUGGUCCUCCGCACGGGCCUCAGCCUCGGCAUGACUUCGUUCUUCCUGGUGGCGCAGAUGGCCGGGGCGGGGUUCCUGGCGCUACCGAGAGCCGUGGCGGAUACGAGCUGGUUGGGCGUGGCCAUGAUGAUCCUCUUCUGCGGGAGUGUGGCCUUCUCAGCGACUCGUCUUGGCCGCUGUCGCUUGAUCCUGGAGGAGCGCUGGCCGGAGUACAAAGAAACCAUCCGCCAGCCCUACAUGGAGAUCGCCUUCCGUGCCCUCGGUCUCGCCGGCAGACGUGCCGCCCUCGUAUCAGUCAUCAUCAACCUGUACGGAAGCACGACUGUCUACAUCAUCCUCAUCUCGCAAAUGAUCGCGUCCAUGGAGUCUGUUCUCUCCACCUGCGCGCUUGUCCUCAUUGUCGGGACUUGCCUCAUCCCCCUCACUUGGCUCGGUACGCCGAAGGACUUCUGGCAAGCAUCGAUCAUGGCAGUGGUCUCGACCGUGGUAGCUGUAGUGGUCAUCAUCGUACAGGUUUUCAUCGAGAAACCGUCUUUACCUGAACCCUGGUAUCCUAACCCGACCAUAGGAUCCUUUUCCCUCGGCUUCGGUGCCAUCCUCUUCGCCUUCGGAGGUUCGGCUGUCUUCCCGACGGUGCAGAACGACAUGAAAGAUCGCUCGCAGUUCUGGAAAAGCGCCCUCGUCGGCUUUGCAGUCAUCCUCACUCUCUACCUGCCCGUCGCGAUCUCCGGCUACGCAAUCCUCGGCGAUGACGUCGAGAGCAACAUCCUCCUCUCGGUGACGGAAGGAGUCGUCGUCCAGAUCGCCAUCAGCUUGGAAAUCAUCAAUCUGGUGAGCACUUACGUCAUCAGCAUCAACCCCGUCGUGCAGAGUGUCGAGGAAAUCUUCAAUAUUCCGAAUAAAUUCGGCAUCAAGCGGGUGCUCCUUCGCUCCAGUAUGGUCGUGAUUCAGAUGUUGAUAUGCCUCGCCGUCCCUGAUUUUGGCCUCAUCCUCAACCUCAUCGGAGGGUCUUGCAUCACUAUGAAUACCUUCAUUUUCCCUCCUCUUAUGUAUAUGAAGCUCAUGGACCAGAAGGAUCCUAAUUGGCCUGAAAGAAAUCUACCCUUAUGGGAACGUGUUUAUCUCAUCGAAAUCAUCUGCGUUGGAAUUGUGGGAGGCAUCGCAGCCACGGUCUCUGCCUUCAUCGCCAUCCUCGACCCAGACAACUUCGGGAUGAACUGCUUCGUCAACUUCAGCGGCGUUGAGGAAUAAACGCAGGCGGGCCUUUUAUAAUCUGACCAACUGUAUGUUUUGCAUUUUUAUAUGUGAUAUUUGUCCUGAGCUUUAUAUAUCGAUAUGACUGUUUGUGAGUAUGAGUGCUCGUUCAAUGUUUUCAUGUACAUUUUUAAGAGGUGGCAUUGCUCUGUGGUAGAGUGGUGGUUUUUACAAUAGCAAGGUCCUGGCUCGUACUCAGCUAGUCCCUUUCUGCCUCUCAGCUGUGAGUACUGGCAUCAUGCUGGAGUCAAAAUCGGGGCAGAGAUGAAAUAGCCUCCCCACCGCAUCAUCCCACAACUAGGCAUAUAUAUGUCCAUCUAUAAAUGUCUCCCCUACUUUCACUUGGAUAUGAGGCCACCUUGUGCAAGGCUGGCACCAGUUCAUUAUAUAUUUUGCUAUUUUCAUGUUUCAUAAUGUCAUGUAAUGAUAUCAAUAAAUGUUGACCUAGUGCUAAGUUUUAGAAA